AUAUUUAUGCUCAUAUUAUUUUUAUUUGUGCGUGUGAUGUCUUGCAGUAUAAAAUCUAAUUUUUAUUUUCUAAAACAUCUGAAUUCAUAGGUAAUCAUGGUGUUUGAAACUUUGGUCGCUGAUGUACUCAACAGGUUUAUCGGCGAAUAUGUUGAAAAUUUAGAUAGUUCACAGCUUAACAUAGGAAUAUGGGGAGGAGAUGUUGUAUUACGUGAUCUUAAGCUAAAAGAGACAUGCUUAGACAGUUUAGAUCUACCUAUCAGAACUAUUUAUGGACAUCUAGGCAAGUUAGUUUUAAAAAUACCAUGGAAGAAUUUAUAUAGUGGAUCAGUUGAAGCAUCCAUUGAUAGUCUUUUUUUACUUGUUGUUCCAACACAAGAUGUUAGUUAUGAUUCAGAAAAAGAAGAAAAAAACAAACAGACUGUUAAACAAAAUGAAAUUUCAAGGAUUGAAAAUAUAAAAUUAUUGGAUCAACAAAAAAACAAAUUGGAUCAAGAUAAAGUAAAAGAUUCUUUUGUUGAAAAAUUGGCAACUCAGAUUAUAAGAAAUGUACAAGUUAAUAUAAAAUCAAUCCAUAUUAGAUAUGAAGAUCGAAUAACAUUUCAUAAUAAUCCAUUUUCUUUUGGUUGUACACUUUAUGAUUUAACUUCUUUUUCGACGGAUUCAAAUUGGAACAGAUUUAUUGAUAAAGGACAAGAUCCACUAGCCAUGAUAUAUAAGAUCAUUUCUAUGGAAGGAUAUGCUGUAUAUUGGAACUCUAAAGGUCAUCUAUUUACCGAAAAACCAAAGGAAACUUAUAGAGAUUCCUUUAGAGAUGGUAUACCUAAGAAAGAUGUUCUCCCUGAUGGUUAUGAAUAUUUAUUUGGUCCAAUUAAUGCCAAUGCUAAAAUGAAAAUGAAUCCAAAACCAGAAUUAGAUGGUAGCGAUUUUACCAUACCAAAAUAUUCCAUAAGUAUUAUCAUGGAAAGUUUAAAUUUAAGAAUCAGUAAAAUUCAGUACCAACAUUUGAUUAUGGCUGCAGAAUCUCUUGAUCGUUUAACUAAAGCAGUGCCCUACAGAAAAUAUCGACCAAUGUUACAAGAAUAUAAAGGACACUAUAGAGAAUGGUGGAAUUUUGCCUAUAAGUGUAUUUUAGAGGAAGAUAUAAGAAGAAUACGUAAGAAUUGGGAUUGGUUACAUAUGAGUACUCAUAGAAAAUUAGUUAAAGAGUAUAGUGUUCUUUAUAAACAAAAACUGGAAUCAAAAAAGCCAUCAGCAAUAACAAUGAAUAGAAUUACUGAAAUAGAAAAAAAUUUAGAUGUGAUGAAUAUUAUCUUAACCAGACAAAGAGUUGAAAACGAAGUUGAGAGAGAAGGAAAAAUUCAGGAAGAGAUAAAAAAAGUAGAAUCAGAACGUGGUUGGUUUAGUUUUUGGCGUACUAAAAAUAAUGAUGAGGAAGAAAAAGAAAAAGAUAUUAUUAAACAGUUUGAGGAAGCUAUGAAUGCAAGUGAAAAAGAAAAAUUAUAUAGAGCAAUUGGUUAUCAAGAAAGUUCAGCUACAACAAUUUAUCCAGAAACAUUUAUAGACACAACAUUUCAUUUUUGUUUGCAUUCAUUAGAAAUAUCUGUUUUUGAUGAGGAAUUUACAUCAAAACAAAAAGUAUUAACCGUCAAUUUUAAUGGUUUUGUUCUAGACCUUCAGAGAAGAUUAACAGCUAAUGCAAUCAAAGUUGAAGCUUCUGGUAGAACAUUAUCAGUAUUUGGUUUACCACAAUUAAAUAAAGUGCCAAAACUUAUCACUUCAAAAGCAAUUGAUCAGUAUAAAAGUGCUCAAGAUUUAGCAUUUUCUCAAGACAUUGAUCAAGAUGGUACUGAUAGACAAGUUUAUUUAUUCAAUUUAUUGUUUGAGACAAAUCCUCUUGAUCAACAUUGUGAUAGUAGAGUAAUAUUAUCAUUCAGACCUUUAAAAAUGGUUUAUGAUGCCCAAACCAUAAUAAAAAUUAUGAGUAUCUUUACGCCUCAAGAGUCAAAUGUGACUACACAAUUACAAGUAGCAGCAGGAACCAAAUUAGCAGAAAUAAAAGAAAAAUCUGCACUGGGAAUGCAACAUAUUAUAGAUGAACAUAAAAGACUCGAAGUAAAGAUAGAUAUGAUGGCAUCUUAUAUUGUUAUACCUCAUGGUGGAUUUUACAAAAAAAAUCAAUCUUUAUUAGUUUUUAAUUUAGGUUGUUUAAAAAUAAAAUCUAAACCCCAAAAUUUGGAUGAUGUUACUAUACAGUCAAUGCAUAAAAUGGGUGCAUCACAAUCUGAAGUAUUACAAGAAAUUGUUAGUCGGAGCUAUGAUCGUUAUUAUAUUGAACUAGAAAAUGCCCAAAUUUUAAUUGCUAAUAAAGGUGAAAAUUGGAAAAAUAAAUUUAAUGAAUCAUUUCAAAAUGAACUUUACAUUCUUAAGCCUACAACUUUAUCCAUUCAAGUGGAAAAAUGUUUAAUAACUGAUGAUCCUCGUUUGCCAUUACUUAAGGUUACUGGAGAACUUCCCGCUAUUGAUAUUAAAAUAGCAGAAAAUCGAAUUUUGGAUGCUCUAUCAGUAUUUUUGAGCAUUCCUUUGCCAAAAAGAAAUAAAGAAAUUGAUGAUAAUCCUCAUGAUUUUGAUAUACUUGGUUCAGCAAUGUCACUACGACAAAAGAUAGAUUCAUUUAAUAUGACUAGAAAUUUAACUAAUCAAAGAAAAGAAGCAGAAAAAGCUUCUGAUGUGAAUGUACAAUUCACAUCAUUAGAUGUGAAAUUGGUUCUUAAACGUUUGUCAAUUAAAGUUUUAUCUUAUGAUGAUAAAGGCUCUUGGUUAAAUCCAUUGUUAGACUUUAAUUUGUUAACUCUGGAAUUGUCAUUAACACAGCAAACAUUUAAAACUAAUAUUGCUUUGAAAUUGGGUAGAUUAUUUUUAGCUCAAUAUUAUAAAGAUACCAUCAUACCUUUAGUUGAUACACCAAAUGAAGAUGAAAACCAAUAUCUUUUACUCAUGAAUUAUACUCUUAUUGAUAAAAAUACUUCAGAAUUUCAUACUACUUAUGAUAAUGUAUUGCAAUUACUUGAAUUAAACUUCACUAAGUUAUUAGCCACAGCUAAUAGAGAUGCAUUGCUUUACUUAAUUGAUUGGAUGAAUAGUGUCAGUUCAAGUAUAAAAGAUAUGCAAAAACUGUAUAAUUAUAAUAUUGAUGAAGAUAUGACUGCUCCAAUCCAAUUUCAAAAACCCAAUAGACUCAAAAGAAUGCAUUUAGUUUCUAAUGCAUUAUCAACUAUUCUUGAAGAAUCUGCAGCUAGCAAGGUUCAACAAUUAAAUAAAAAAUUAAUUGAGGAGAAUGAUAUCAUUGGUUUAAAGUUAAUUGCUCAAAUUGGAGAAAUACAACUUAUUAUUGUUACUGAAGUUGAUGAUUUAGCACAUAUGUUUAUAACUAAACUCGAGUCUUGUAUUACAAUGAAAAAAUCUGAUAUUCAAAUUGAUGCUAAACUUCAAAAUAUUAGUGUAUUUGAUCCAUCUCCAGAUACUAUUUAUAAAUAUAUAAUUCAUGUUGCUGAAAACGAUGAAGCCUUAAAACUUCAAAUGAUAAUGUAUAAUGAACAAUAUCUUGUUGAGUAUGAUUCACCAGAAAUGUACAUUUCAAUUUCAUCAGGAUGUAUUAAAUGUGUAUUUUUAAAUUGUUUUAUGACAAAAUUAAUCAACUUUAUUAAUCAUUUUCAAGCUGGAAAAGCUGCUAUGUAUGAAGCUGGAGCUGCUGCAGUAGCAAGUGCUAAAAUGAAUGUAAAAUCAGCUACUCGAAUUGCUCUUAAUAUAAAUUUGAAAGCUCCAGUUUUUAUAGUACCUCAAAAUUCUCAUAGUUUGGAAGCAUUGUGUUUUGAUUUUGGUUAUUUGUCUAUUACAAAUAAAUUUUUAAUUAUUCAUAAGGGAAAAGACCAUAUUCCAGCUAUUAUUGAUGAAUUAAGUUUGAAUUUACAAAAUUUGAAAGUAUCUAGAGUACAAUUGAAUGAUGGUAUAAAAUUUUUUUUGUUUGACUGCCUUUUGUUACAACCCAUAACAUUUUCUCUCAUAGUCAAACGAAAUUUAUCCUCUGCAUGGUAUACUGAUCAUCCCGAUUUUGAUAUUGUGGCUAAAUUUGAUUCUAUUAAAGUAACCGUUAGUCAUAUUGAUUACAUUGUAAUUAUGAAAGUUUUAAAUGAAAAUGUAAGCGAAGGAAAAGAUGAAUUAACAAAUUCAAAUGAUCAAACAAGUUUAAACAUAUCUCAAAAUAAUUUGAAUGAAAUCAAAGUGAUUGUUGAUGUUGAAAAAAAUAAUUCUCAAUUACAAGAAAUUAGAACAUUAGCUAAGUUUGAAUUUUUCGUAAAAAAUAUUAUUCUUGAACUAUUCAAAGAAGGUCCUGAUAAGAAUGGCUUACAAAUAAAAAAUAACAGUAUGGGACAGUUUAUGUUUUCAUCAUUGACUGUUAAUGGAUCAAUGCAGACAGAUCUUUCAUUAUCUUUAAUAUUAUAUUUGUUAGAUGUCAUAUUAGACGAUACUCGAGUAAACAAAUAUUCAGGAAAUAAGGUAGUACGUUAUAUGGAAAGAAAAAAAGGUAAUCUUGAAGAUGAAAAUUUACAAAAUACAAUUGAUAUUAAAUAUAAACAAACACUUGCUGGAGCUGAUGUUCAACUAAAAAUAUUCAGUUUUAAUUUAAUAUUCAAUGUUGAGUAUAUACAGUAUUUGUUAAAUUUCUUUGUAUUGCCAUCCCAAAAUCAAGAUUUAGCAAUUAAUGAUCCAACCAAAAACAUAAAGCAAAAUAUAAUGAAAGAAAAAUCAAAUGCUUUUGAGCAAAAAGAUAAUAAUAAAACACUUUUGUUAAAAGUACAGUUAGAAAAGCCUGAUAUUAUAUUAGUUGAAAGUUUAGAUGACAUAAAUACAAAUGCAAUAAUAAUGAAUACUGAAGCUACAUUGAAAUUGCGUAUGUCUACCCCAACUCGUCAAACUGUUAAUGGAGAAAUUAAAGAUUUGCAAAUAUACUCAUGCUGUUAUAAUCCACUAAGAAGAAAAGAAACUAUGAAUUUAAUAUUACGUCCAGUUACUAUUAAUGUUAUCGGUUCUACUCCUGAUGAUACUUGUCUUCAUGUUGAUGUAACUAUGACUCCUUUAAUAAUAUCAGUGACUCCAGCUAAUAUUGAGAUGUUAAAUCGAAUUAAUCAAAGUUUAACCGAAAAAAAAGAAAAUAUAUUCCAAGAACCAAUAUAUGAUGAACAAGAAUUUGAAAAUUUAUGGAAUAAAACUCAAUUUAAUGAUUCAGAAUUCUGGUUCUUAAAAACUGAAUUUGGUGCUGAAGCUUCUUUAUUAAAUAAUGAUAAAACUGUUCCUGCUCUUAAAAAAAGUGAAGUUUGUUUAAUAUCUAUUCCUUCAAUAGUUUUCACAAUUGAAGCAGGGAUUGGUACAAAAACAAUGCCAAUGUUGUUAACUGAGUGUACGUUUAAUGGUUCUGUUAAUAAUUGGAGCUCAAAAUUAUCUGUUGCGGGUGAAUUAACAAUGCAAAUGAAUUAUUAUAACAGUCGAUUAGCUCUUUGGGAACCAUUUAUUGAACCUGUUGAAGUUGAAUCAGCUAUUGGUCCCAAGUAUAAUCCAUGGUUACUUGAACUCAAGUUGGAGACUUUUGACCCAAAUCAAAGUCCCCAAGAUGAAGUAUUCCAAAGGAAACCAGCAAUGAAAAUUUCUUUAAUAUCAUAUGAAACUAUUGAAAUAACAAUGACAAAAACAGCUUUGGAGGUAUUAACAAGUUUAGGUAAAGCAUUUAAUGAAGCAAUCACAACUGAAAUACCACUUUCAAAACGAAUUGAAGCUGCACCAUUUGUAAUACAAAAUAAUCUUGGGUUUAAUAUAACUCUCAUGAUAUCAAACUCCCCAUUUAAAGUAUACAAUAUUAGUAGUAAUGAAAAAUGUAUAGAGGGUGAUAAUACAGUUUUAAAAGAUCGAGAACAGAUUAGUCUUUGUCUUAAAGACGAUGAUUCAGUGUCAGUUAAUUUACGUCAAAAUAAGAUUACUGAACGUUCUUUAAAAAUUAAGAUUCAAGAAAAUAAUAAUAUUACAGAAUUUAGCUUACCAAUAGUUAAAGCUGAUAAAAGAUUUUUUAAUAUUAAACAUAAAUUAAAUACUGUUAAUGAACCAUGGGGAUUAGUAACUGAUACACAAGUAAUUGAUGGUAGUAUGGUUGUUACAUUGAGGAGUGUUGUACAAAUUCAUAAUCAUUUUAAUGAAAGUAUAUUUCUUUAUUAUAAAAAACAAGGGAAAUUAAAAAUGAUUGGUAAAGCAAAACCGAACAAACCAUUUAAUUUACCUGUACAUUCAAUUUAUACACAAACCAAAGAAAUAUUUUUUUGUCCAGAAAAGUAUCAAAUAUGUAUUAAACCUUUUAUUUGGAAAGACAUUCAACCAGUGAUGAAUUUAAGAGCAUUAUUACAAUGUCCACCGAAUCAAGUAGAAGAUAAAGAUCCAUUUUUCAUACAAAUCCUUGGAGUUAUGGAGCACAUAUAUUUUGAGCAUACAGAUCGAUAUUUAAUGUCUAGUAAUUGCUACAACAUUCAUUUAUACCCCACAGUUAUAUUAGUCAAUGCUCUUCCUGUAAAUUUAAAUUGUAUAAUGCAAGGUGAUUCUGAACUUAAAACUUUAACUCCAGGAGAAAAAAUAAACUUACCUAUUGUUGAAAUUGGGUAUUCUUGUCUUACACUGCAGAUAAAAUAUUUAGAUAAGUACUGGGAUUGUAAAUGCACUAUAGAAGAACAUCCAGAUGAAUUUUCCAUUUGGUCUUUUUCUAACAAUGAAGAUAAACCUGAUACAAAAGCAAAUGUUAUAAAUUUUGGCAUUCGAACUGAAUUUCAUGAAGGUGGAACUCAUAUAAAAACACUUUAUUGUCCACUUUGGAUGAUAAACAAAACUGGAAGAAUUCUUACUUAUAAGGCUGCCGAUGAUGAAGAAAACAUGUUACAACAUUCAUCAAAUCCAACAGAACCUUUAAUGUGGUCUUUUAAAAAGAAAAUAUUUUUUGCUAAUAAAAGAGCCUACGUUAAAAUAGAUUCAGGUCUGUGGUCUGACAGAUUUUCAUUAGAUGUAGCUGGAAGUUCUGGAUCAAUUUUAUGUAAAACAAAUAACAUUCUUUACCAAAUUGGUGUUCAUAUUCAACUUACUAACAACUCUUUAACGAAACAAGUUACCUUAUCACCAUUUUAUAUUGCAUCUAAUCAAUGUCCAUUUGCGAUUGAUUUUCAAGAAGUGAACCAAGAACAAAAUUCUUGGAUUAAAGUUGAUUCCAAUGGUUGUAUGCCAUUUUGGCCUCAAAAUAUUACUGAUAAACAUAAUUUAACUGACAAACUAUUUGUUGUUCGCAUAUUUGGCACUUCAGAUACUUCUACUCCAUUGCCAUAUUAUAAAUCAAGAAGUGAUUUAAUACGUCUUCGUAAUAAAUAUAGUGCUAUUCAAGUGGAUACUCAAAUAACCGAAGGUGGAACUUACAUAACAUUUAGUCCCUAUGUGGAAGGAAUGGCACCUGCUUUAAUAAUUAAUCAUACAGAAAAUUAUCUAAAGUUCAUUGAACAUGAUCUGUCAGAGUAUUUAGAUGAAAUGAAAAUAUUACCUCCUAAACACAAAAUGUUCUUUGCAUGGUCUACUCCAACAGAAAACCCUAUUAUUUAUUGGAACAUGAUGCAGAAUCAAGCAGAUUUAAGAAAAGAUGGUGUAGGAAUAUUCAAUCACGAUGAUGGUAUAAAAGUUUAUUGGGUUUCAUUUUUGGAUGGUUUACAACGUAUUCUUAUGUUUACUACUGAUGCCAGUAUUGCUGAAGAAUGUCAAGCCUCAAGUAAACUUGAAAUUAUAAACAGAGAAAUACUUAUUUCUAUACAUUCAUUAGGAUUGUCAUUGGUGAAUAAUGAUAUUUGUAUGGAACUAAUGUAUUUGAGAAUUGGAAGUUCUGGGGUGAUAUGGGAAACUAAAAAAAUAAAUGGUUCACGUUACAAGCCAUUGACUCAAAAAGAAUGUGAAUUAAUUGAAACAGCUUAUAUACGUUACACUAGAAUGUUAGAAAUUGGUGAAAAUGAACCUAUUGUCUUGAUCAAAGAAUUAAACAUUGAGGUUAAUUUUGCAGAAAACAUUGUCACUAAACCUUCUAAAAAGAAUAUAAGAAGGGUAUAUAAUACAGGAUUUUGGCUCAAUUUGCAAUCUUCUGAUUAUACAUCUCAAAUACAUGCUAAAAUAAAUAAUUUACAAAUCGAUAGUCAAAUAGAUAAUUGUAUAUUCCCUGUUGUUUUUGCUCCUGUUCCUCCACCAAAAACCAUUGCACAUACAGAGCGAAAACCAUUUGUAGAACUUAGUAUUGUUGAAAGAUUAAAUAAAUAUAGUACAGUUAAACAAUAUAAAUAUUAUAAAAUGCUCAUUCAAGAAUUUCACAUUAAACUUGAUAUUGGUUUCAUCAAUGCUUUAAUAAAAAUGACAGAAAAAUAUGAGCUCUCGGAAGAAGAAAGGUUGAAAAUGUUUAUUGAAGAUUUAACCUGUGCUAGCAAGCCAUUACAUUCCCAAAUGAUUACUCUUUCUUUACAAGAACAAAAGAAUUAUUAUGACAUACUUCAUUUUUCUCCGCUUAAGAUACAUGUUACAUUUUCAUUGAGUGGAGAUGAAUUGGAAAAUAUUCCUCCAAUUAUUAAUAUAAUUUUGCAAAGUAUUGGUGUAACCAUUACUAGUGUUCAAGAUGUUGUUUUGAAGUUGGCAUUUUUUGAAAGACAAUAUGUUCUUCUUAAUCAGAGACAGUUAAUGAUGGAAGCUCAACAUCAUUAUGUCAGUCAACUCAUAAAACAAAUUUAUGUACUCGUUUUGGGUCUAGACGUGUUGGGAAAUCCUUUUGGUCUUGUAUCAGGUUUUAAGCAAGGAGUUGAGGAUUUAUUUUAUGAGCCUUUCCAAGGUGCAAUUCAAGGCCCUGAAGAGUUUGCUGAAGGAUUAGUUUUGGGUGUAAAAAGUUUAUUUGGUCAUACAGUUGGAGGUGCAGCUGGUGCAGUUGGCAGAAUUACUGGAGCUAUGGGAAAAGGCAUUGCUGCUUUAACAUUUGAUAAAGAUUAUCAAAAGAAACGACAAGAAAUUAUGAAUCAGCAACCAACUAAUAUUCCAGCUGGAUUAGCACAAGGGGGUCGAGGUUUAGUUUUGGGUGUUGUGGAAGGUGUAGAAGGUGUUUUUGAGAAACCUAUCAGCGGUGCUCGUAGUGAUGGUGUUGGAGGAUUUUUCAAGGGUGUUUGUCAGGGAGCUGUUGGACUUAUAGCCAGGCCUUUAUCAGGAGCGUUAGAUUUUACCAGUGGAACUUUGAAUACGAUCAAAAGGGUUACCGACACAACAUCAGAAGUACGACGAGUUCGUUUACCAAGGCAUUUCAGAGAAGACAAACAAGUGCGACCAUAUUGUAAACGAGAAGCUGAAGGAUAUAAACUAUUAAAGAUUGCUGGAAAAGGGAUGUAUAAAGUGACAGACAACUAUAUAUAUCAUUUACGAACUACACAUUCUGAUAAAGAAAUAUUCAUAGUCACGUCCCAAAGAGUUAUGUACAUUAUUCAAAGUUACUGGACUGGCUCUUAUAAAGUCCAAUGGGAAUAUAAGUGGUCAUCUAUGACCAGGCACCCAAAAGUAAAACCAAAUGGAAUAUUACUCCAUGGAAAAAAUGAUCCAAAUUUACGUCGUUGGUGGUGUUUCAAAGUUAAACAGUCUAAUAUUAAAUUCAUUUUAGUUUCGGAUCCUGAAUUAUGUUCUUGGCUAGCAGAUAAAAUUAGUGAGCUAAUGACAACUGAUGAUCCAGACAUGAAGUCUUCAGAAUCUUCUGAAAUUUCUCUUUUGAAUAAUUUGAUGUUUACAAAAUAAAUUAAACACCAUAAGUCUCUAAUACACUCACUCAGUUCACACAUGGCUUAAUGAAUAUUAUAUUUUUAUUUUAACAUUUUGAUUUUAUGUAGUAUAAUAUAAAACCCCAUUAUAAUCAAAAAUG